CAAAAAGUUUCCGUGACAACGCGGAAAUGAGUAGCUCUGCUGCCCAGUAGAGCAGGGCGGGAGGAGUCCAGGAGGCGGGAGUUACCGCGGUCUGGUCGCCCGCGUUCCAGGAUCCCAGGAUCCCAGGAUCCCCGCAGCCUGCUGUCCCGGGACCCCGACGCACAAGUGAAGCCAGGCCCACUCGGUCCCCCUGCGGCUGCCGCGGCCGAACGGAGGAAGAGAGGUCUUGCCAUUCCGGGUUCACGGAAUAUGCACUGUGGUAGCCACUGUCUGCAGGAACCCUGCAGCCAUGGCCAUGGGGCUUUUCCGAGUUUGCCUGGUGGUGGUAACGGCCAUCAUUAACCACCCACUGCUGUUCCCACGGGAGAAUGCCACAGUUCCCGAAAAUGAGGAGGAGAUCAUCCGCAAGAUGCAGGAACACCAGGAGAAGCUGCAGCUGGAGCAGCUGCGCCUGGAAGAGGAGGUGUCACGGCUGGUGGCCGAGAAGGAGGCCCUGCAUCAGGCAGAAGAGGGCCAGCAGCCGCCGGAGGCUCACACUGCCUGGGACCUUUGGAGCACUCUCUGCAUGAUCGCCUUCCUGAUCAUCGAGAUAUGGCGGCAGGACCACCAAGAUGGGCCCUUUCCAGAGUGCCUGGGUGGGGAUGAGGAUGACCUGUGCGGAAUGGGCAGUACUCCACUGCGGGGCCUUCCCCUGCCCAAUAAAGCCAUCCUGGACCACUUCUACGAGCACUGUAUCCGAAGUGCCACAGGUGAUGCCACCCGCACCCGGGAGUUUGUGGAAGGCUUCGUGGAUGACUUGCUGGAAGCCCUGAGGAGCAUCAGCAACCGAGACACUGCCCUGGAAACGGAGGACUUCAUCGGCGUGGGCAGCAUGUAUGAAAACUGGCACGUGGAGCGGCCGCUGCUGUGUCACCUGUUUGUGCCCUUCAUACCCCCAGAACCCUACAGCUUCCACCCAGAGCUCUGGUGCUCCGAUCUUUCAGUGCCCCUGAGUCGUCAGGGCUAUGGCCAGAUCAAGGUGACCCUGGCUGGCGGAGACCCCUUAGGCUGUAUCUGUGGCAAGACUAAGCUUGGGGAAGACAUGCUGUGUCUCCUCCACGGCAAGAAUAGUGGGGUCCAGCCCGGCGCUGGUGCAAACGAUGAGAUGGAGGACUUGCUAUGCUCCAGAGAGUCCUCGCAUCUAGAUGCCAUGCAGGUCAUGAAGUGGUUCCAGGUGGGCCUCACCAGAGCCUGGCACCGCAUUGCCCACAAAUACGAGUUUGACCUUGCCUUUGGCCAGCUAGACACCCCAGGGUCUCUCAGAAUCAAGUUCCGCUCAGGGAAGUUCAUGCCCUUCAUCUUGACACCUGUGAUCCAGUGUAACGACUCAGACCUCUACUUUGUCCCACAACUUCCCAAGGAGUCCUGCAGGGUCACGCCAGCCUCCAGCACUGACUGGCUCCUGUCCUUUGCUGUCUACGAGAGACAUUUUCUCCGGAUGACUGCGAAGGCUUUGCCAGAGGGUGCCUGCCACCUCAGCUGUUUGCAGAUUGCCUCCUUCUUGCUCUCCAAGCAGAGCCGCCUGACAGGUCCCAGUGGGCUGAGCAACUACCACCUAAAAACCGCCCUGAUGCACCUCCUGCUGUGCAGGCGGGCUGCUGACUGGAAGGCCAACCAGCUGGAUGUGCGUCUGCAGGAGCUCUUCUGCUUCCUGGAGAGGAGCCUACAGGAGAAGAAGCUCCAUCACUUCUUUGUGGGCAACCGCAAGGUACCUGAGACACUGGGACUCCCAGAGGCCGUGCGGAGAGCCGAGCCUAUAAACCUCUUCCGGCCCUUCGUUCUGCAACGGACUCUUUACCGUAGCACAGUGGACUCCUUCUACGAAAUGCUUAGGAACGCCCCGACACUCAUUAGCGAAUAUUCCCUUCAUGUCCCUUCAGACCGUGCCAGCCCACCACCAAAAGCUGUCGCCUUAUAGAGCAUGAGAUUCAAGGGCCAGGGGACAGCAUCCCAUGUGUCUACCUUACUGGGGUCUGUAACCCAAUGCAGGAAACACAGUAGGCCUGGAGGGGAGCUGAGGUUCAGCUUGCUGGGUAGCCAGGUCCUGCAGAGUGAAGGAUACAGAACUGCAACUGGACACUGGUUUGCCUGUCUGCGACAGGGGCUUUGUUGGUCAAACCGUUGAUGGGGGUCAGGCACUGAUCCUUUGUAGCUUAGUUUUAGAUCACUAUGAAUGAUCAAAAUAGUGACGGGACAGUCCAGGGUACUGAGUUAGAGAGAAAGCAAGCACUGCUGUGAAUUUAAUCCUUUUUGUACCACAGUCCAUCCUGUGCCUUGUGUCGAUAGAGGAUCUACUAGGAUGUUGCCUGGGAUCAGCUUAAGACUCAACACUCUUCUAUGCCAGCAACUCGUGCCCCCCCCCCCACUGUCUGCAACUGAAUCAUGAAUGGGGACAGAUGUGGGAAUUCACAGCCUUUGCACCACAUUGUGCACAACAAUAGAGGUUCCACAGGGGUCACCGUUUUUUAAUACUACUUGGCAAAAAGGACCUGGCAGAGUUCCAGGAGCCCAGUGGCUAAUGUCUCCAUCACACAGAAAUGGGUACUUGGUGAUGGAGAAUCUAAAGCUGGCUAGUUUUUCAGCCACACGUCUUACUCAGGUGCACACCCUCUCCCUGUCCCUUUACCCUUGUACCAGGUCCUGACCACCAGGGGCGCCAUUUACCACAUUGGGUGCUGGCUCAGAUGCCCCUCCUGUCGCCAUAACUGAUCUUACCAGCCAGCAACACGGUAGAGGGGCACAGACUGUUGUGUCUGGCUUGCACUUUGGUGCACUUUGGAGAAAGUUACAGGACUGUGGGGCAAGGGUUAUGAUAGCCCUACGCUGUCCUCAGGAUCCUGGUCAUAGGGAAUAUAGGUUUAUAAGCCAGAGAUGCUAUGGAAACCCAGCUCUGGUCCACAGACCCAAGGCAUCUCCCAGUUCCUAACUCCAAGAGGGCUUCACUGGCUAUAUAUAGCCAGUCUUUUCUUCUCAGGCCUUGCUGACCUCAUGGAUGACCCAGACUAAAAGAACAUGGUGGAAGCUGGACUCACUGGGGAUCUAUGUGGCUGCUUCAGACACAGCCUGGGAACUCAAAGGAGUGUAGUGGGCUCCAGACAAGCAUCGGAGCCUGAGGCUGGAGCAGGGCUCCUAUCCAGGGCCGUGUCAGAGAACCCAGCAGCCUCUUCUCCACUUAAACUUGCCUGACUGUGUGAGAUUUUGUCUCCACAUCUUCUUAGUAACUUUGACAGUGGGCCGAAGAAGAAACGCAAAUGGGGAACAAUGUGGCAUCCACUAGCCUUCCAGAAGCUGAGACAACAAACCUUGUAGGCAUCAAAACCAGGCUUCCCAUAGCCCAACGCAUACCUCACCUGGCCUCAGAGAGCUCCAGAAAAUGGACCAUUUAGCCACCAAGUUUUAUUGGUGAUGGAGAGAUCUAUUGCCCGCAGGGUAGCCAGAGAUGAUAGGAUGCCUGAGUAUAAUCAGGAGUUAGACUGAGCAUGUGUGGUCCGCCCCCUCACAACUUCAAAGUGGCAAUCUAGGACCCUGUAAAUGAGCCUACUCAAAGUGUGACUCUGUCAGCGCCCUGAGUCACCUUGUCCAAUAGGUACCUUCCAGAGUCAGGGCAGAUGCAGACGUCUUUAUUUAUCAUCAUCUGUGCCUUGUCCCUGCUCAUUUGUAUCCCAUUGUGUUUCAAAGAGCCCAGCAACUGAGAACCAGCUCCAGAAGCCAAGACCAAGCCUGAACUUCCUUCAGCUCCCUUUCACUCCCGGGAGAAAGGUCACAGGAUGAGCACAUGUAGCUUCUUGUUUGCUGGGGCACUUGGCUGGAACAGGCCUGCUUCUGAAGUGCUAGGCUCUUGGGGUUUCAUGCUGCCUUAUUUAUAUUAAAGGAAGAAUUAAAUUCU